AUGAAUAAAUUAUUAAUUUUAGCACUUAUAGGUUUGCUCGCUAUCAGCGCUUUAGCUCAAGAUGGCUAAUAAGCAACUGAUAGUCCUCAAGCAACAGAUUAAACACCAUAAGAUACUUAAUAAUAGAAUGUUUAACCAAAACAAGAAGCUGAAUAACAAUAAUAAAACCCUUAACCAAAACAAGCAGGAGAGGAGGGCUAGUAAUAAGAAUAACAAUAAGAAAUGAAAAAUGAAGUAGUCGUUGACGAUGAUGAAGACAGAGUAGCUAUUAUGGAAGAAUGGGAAAAACAUAUGUAAGAUUUCAUCCCCGAUGAAAUGCUUACUUUUGAAAUAGAUUCUAAAAAGGAAGAAUUAUUUAUGGAAGAUAUUACAGUUCCUACUUAAAUGAGAGGUGCCUUCUUCGUAUCUUACUUUUCAGAUGAAAAAAUUGAUUUCGUUAUCAGAGAUCCUAAUAAACACAAAGUUUUCCACAAAUUAAAUAAGAGAGAAGGUAUAUUUAAUGUAAACGCAACUACUAUUGGAACAUAUGAAUUCAUUUUCUCUAACAUAAGAGGUAAGGAUAAAAAGUCUGUUACUUUUGCUUUGGAUGUCCAUAAUACCACUGAAACACAUUUAUCUCAUCACGAUUUAGAUCCUGUUGAGAAAAAAUUAGAACACGUUGCUAGUGGCAUUAAAGAUUACUUAAAUGAAUAAAGAUUCUCAUCAAGAAGAUAAAUUACUCAAUUAGAAUCUAUUCAAAGUGCCCAUUCAAGACUUUUAAUUUUUUCAGUAGUUGAAAUAGCAAUUGUAGUCUUUGCAACAGCUUGGUAAAUUUAUUAUAUCAAAAAGAUCCUAGAUAAUAAGAGAAUCGUUUGA